CGCUACCAGUCAAAUCGGCUUCAGUACCCCAGGAACCAUGUUUCACCAAGUUUGCCUAUGGGCCGCAGCACUGUCGUCCAUGACCCUCGCUAGCGGCGACACUUACUACAGCGGUAACAGCGUGUUGUACACGCACGAAGGAUUCUCGUCCGGUAAUUGCAACUUCAUGUACGACCCCGGCGUCGGCAACUACUUUGCCGCUUUGAACAGCGAUCAAUGGGACUCCACUCUAAACUGCGGCCGGUGCGCUGAAGUUGCUAGCGAUGGAGCGAGUUCCAUCACGGUUUACAUCGUGGAUGAGUGUACCGAGUGCGAGGAUGAAGGCCUAGGUCUGUCCCCACUGGUUUACAACCAGCUCACUCACAGCGACUCAUCCCAGAGUAUCAAGUGGAGGUUUGUGGACUGCCCCGUCAGCGGCAACAUCGAGUACUGUGCGAAUACAUUAAGCAGAAGUGCGUGGAUGGCCUUACAGCCUGCCAAUACCGUCACGGGGGUGGCAAGCAUGAAGAUCGCGAACCAGAACGCGUCCUUGAUGGACUCGAGCUUCUAUUUUGUACUGAAAGGAUCGAAUGUCAACAUGUCGGCAGUGAACGUCGAGUUGACGUCGAUCUCGGGGGAGACACUCACCGAGACGUUGUCGCUCGUUGCAGGGAAUUGCACAGAGGGAACGUCGAACUUCGCAGCCAGCUCCAGUCAUCAAGAGAGCGAAGUUAACGAAUACUUCGAUACUCUCAAGUCAGGUGACGGUGGCUACACGGCAGGGAAGGUAACUCCACCGGACGACUCGGAACAAACUGUCACGAGGUCAGAGGCAACCUCGUCGGGAACGAACCUUCUAUUCGUCGUCCCCGUGCUGGUGAUUAUCGUGGGCGGCAUCGCUCUCGUCUACAUCGUCAAGAGGAAGAAGCGCUUAUCCGGCCAGCACGUUGACCGUGAAAAGGGAAAGAGUGCUUUCGGUACACUCAAGUCGCCUGUGCUCGUCAAAGAGACCAUCGCCAAAAUUUAAGCGUCAAUAAUCUUCAAGAAAAGAAGGACAAACGGACAAACGCAUCGAAUUGGACAUCGCGUCACGUCUUAUCAAGCCGGCUACCCGUGGCGAGCUGUAUCCUUAUUUACUCAUUGGUCACCUCUCUUCCUUUAGGAGGCGACCAACAUGAGACCUUAGCAUCAACUCCAGCGAUACAAUCGACAUCGAAGCGAAUCGCUUCACGCGAUACACCGCUGGGUUUUCUCGCUCGUUGUAAGUACCCUAAUCAAUAAUGCAAAGCCUUCUGUUAGCGGAUAGGCAUGUGCGCCAAAAACAAUUGGACGUCAAUUACUGCGGUUCAACACGUUGUGCUCCACAAUUGUGCAAGAUGACAAGGCUCGAUCUGUCCGAUCUGUCGGUGGACUCUCCUCUUCAUCCACCCCGGCUUCUGUCGCCUUGUUGAAACGUUCGACUCGAACAGAGUGAAGCUCAUUCGAGGUUUCUCUUCGCUACCAGCUCA